AUGAAUGGAAUUGAUACAUCAGAGAAGAAGCGAUUAGAAUCAUUAAAACGUAAGAAACAAAUUUUUAGAGCCAAAGAAUUGGCAGUACAAAAUGCACUGAAGAAUUUGGACAAUAACACGAAUAAAAAUAAAAUAAUAUUUGAUGAUAAUGACAUUAACGACAUAGAACAAUUUAAAAUCAGAGAAAAAGCAAAAAAGAAAAAACGUGACUUAUUUGAUGAUGCUGAUGAUGACAGAAAUGAUAAUGAACCAGUGUGGGAUAACCAUAAAUUUGAUAGUAACAAAAAUUUCACAGAGAAAUAUCUUGGAAAUAAUAUUACUGAUGAACGGUUCAAGCUUGACAAACGCUUCAUGGAUGAUGGUCAAAAAACAAAUACAGAUAUUAAUGUAAAUGACAAUGAAAUUGACCUACAGAAGGAAAAGGAAUUACAAUUAGAUAUUUUAGAAAAUAUUUUAGGAGUACCAAUUGCUUCAAAGAAUAAAGAUACAAAUAAAAAUGUAAAAUUUUCGAAAAAAAGAAUGAUCAGGUAUGAUCCCACAGAAAAUGAUCAUAAAGAAUAUGAAAUUAAUACAGAAAAAUCUGAAAUAGAAACCAAAAAUAUUAAAAAAAAAAAGAAAAAUAAAUGUAAUAUCGAAGGCCCGAUUGAAAAUCCACCUGUGGAAGUAUCAAAAGAUGUAUAUUUUUCUGUAUCAGAUUCAUUAUCGAAAAGCUUAAAAGGAGGAGAACAAUUUAGUUUAUUAAAAACACAUGGCAGAGAAAUAACUAAUGAAAAUAAUAAUGACAGUAAUGUUUCAAACCUGGAAUCGCUAAAAAUUCAAUUAAAUUUUGAUUCAAAGAAAUUAUUUAAGUAUGAUUCAUCCGAAGAUGAACACGAUAGUAAACAAGAAUAUACAUAUAAUGAAAAAUCUAAUAAUGAAAAAGCUGAUAUAAUAGUAGAUACAAAUAAGUUUUUCUUUGAUGAUAAUGAUAUUCGUUUUAAAGGUAAGUAUUUCACAUAAAAUAUAAAUAUAAUAAAAAAUUUAAAAUAAUUAUUGCUUCAUAAAUAUUCAUGUUUAAUAAAUUCUAGAAGCAGAAAACUUUUUUUCGAAAGAACACGUGCCAACAGAUACAUUCAAAGAUCUUAGACAAAAAGUAAAACAAAUUGUACAUUCGAAAAUUCGAAAAAAUAUGAAAAAGAAGCAAUCUUGGGGAUAUAAAAAAAAAAUUAAAAAAUCAUCUUAACAACUCAUUUAUUGAUAUUUUAAAUGUAUAAAUGAGAAUGUUAAGUUACAACAAUCACUUUUAAAUAAAAGAAAUAUAAUUUUAUAAGAAAAUUCAUCAUAUAAAACAGUAUAUGAAAUAUAAAAUAUAUCCUUUACCAUAUAAAAUAUCUCACUUUUUUAACUUGGAAUUAGCACUUUGUUAUUAACUAAUUAUUUGGAUUUUCAUUAAUAUUGUAUAUUUUAAUAACGAAUUAUUGUCUUUUAUGAUUUCAUCUUGUUAAGAUGAUUUAUUUAAUAAAAAAUGCAGUUGUUACUAGACUUAUUCAAUUAAUUGUAGUAAAAAUCUGCCGGUUAUAUGAUUAAUCCUUUCGGCCUAUUUUACCACACGUUCUAUUAAGGGUCUUCAAGAAAAAGUCAUGUGGAAGUCCACGAGAUAUUUGUUGUAUAUGCGUAUUUAAUAAAUUAUGUGUUUCUUCUUCAUAGAUAGCGUAAGUAUUUGGUAUACCUAUCUCCUGAUAAAGUUGUUUCACACGAUUUAUUUUUUCUGGAUCAGAGUCUCCAUAGCAUUCCUACAUAAUAACAAUAUUGUGUUGUUAUUCCAAAAAGAGAAUACAAAAUGUUAAAUUAGUGACAUACCUCCAAAACUUUCCUUUGUUCUGGUGUAGCACGUUGCAAAGCUACAGUAAUAAGCCACGAACAUUUUCCUUCUGCUAUAUCCGUGGUACCCAGUUUUCCACUGCUUUUCACAUCAGUAUAACAAUCUAAAUAAUCGUCUCGUACUUGAAAAAGAUGACCCAUUUCUAGCAAGAUUGUUUUUGCUUGUCUAUACAUUUCUGGAUCUUUUAUACCAGCCUACAAAUAAUACGUGAAUAAAAUUAUGAUCCGAAAAUGAAAAGAGGCUUUAAACUAUUAGAUGUAACAUAAAAUCAAAUAAUACAAUUGAACUUACAAAACUCAUAGCAAGAGUGACUGGUAACACAAACGUAUAGUAAGCUGUUUUAUGCUUUACAAGAGCAUUAUACUUAUCCAUAGUAAAAAGACUUAAAUUCGAUUUAUUUCCAAAAUUUGUUGAUAUUAAAUCUAGACAUUGACCCAUUUCCGUUUUAAAUGUAAUCUAUGAAUAAUAUAUGUAUGUAAUAUAAAAAUUUCUAUGUCCUUAAUUUAGCAAACAAAAUUCUCUACUAAUAAAAUAAUGUAAAUAUUUUAUCAAAUAAUAUGGAAUAUUAACUAUCAACUAUACUGAUUUUUUUUAGAUAGAUGAAUUAAAUAAAAAAUAUUUUAUUUAGUUGGUAUCGAAUCAAAGUAUUUUGUAUAUUAUUAAAUAAGAAAAAUGAUUACUUACUGAUAAAAAUUGUUCUAUAACAUCUAAAUAACAUUCUUUCGUCUUAAAGUGUUUCUUAAGAAGUUCAUAUAAACACAUUUCUAACAUUACACUGUCAUUAACUGCUUUCAAACCAAUACCAUUGCAUAGAUACCAGCAUGGUUGAUUUCGUCGUAUUUUUCCACCAUCUUCAAUAUCAUCGGCCAUAAUGAGGAACGCUUGUAACUAUAAUAUAUAAUCGUAUAUAUAAGUAAUUUUUCAAAUUGCUGAAAAGGAAUUAAUAAAAAAAACAAAUUGUGUAUUAUUAUUAUUAUUAAAUAUUAUUAUUAUUAUUAUUAUAUUAUUAUUAUUAUUAAAAUUCUAAAAUGAUAUAAAUUAAGAAAGAUAG